UGGUUAUUUAAUUAUUGUAAAAAUGAGGCGAGGACAGUGAGGAAGGAGGAAGACAGAAGAAGGGGUCCGAGGGAGGGUCGUAGUAUUUUCGCUGCCAUUACUGACUCUGAUCAAUCUCUCUUUUUUUCAGCAGCAAUUCGUCUAAAUUAGUUUCAGUAAUGUUUUUUGACCGCUCUGCUUGCGAUCCUCGUCACUGAAAAAGAGAACGGCGAAUCGUGGAUGAUUCGCUGCUUCUACUGUUUUUGGUAAACCCUCAACCGAACGGAAUAUUUUAUUGGUCAUUUUCCGAAGAUUGCUGGAUUUUGUUCAGAUGCUGUUCGUCCCAAAGUUGAGCACUGAUCUGUUUCUUUAGGUUUUGUGAAAAAGAUCUGCAAUCAUGUCAAGGCCAAUGCUGCUUGUUUUCCUUCUUCUGGUGUUGAUCAUUACAUCACAAUUCGAGUGGAGACAACAGUUGGUAAGUGACAUAGAUGCUAGUCCGCGGGAAUCUCAGAAGCAGCAGCAAAUAUCUAAAAGAGAAGAAGCCGUCAAGGAGAAGAUUAUCUUAUCGCAGGAAAAGAACAUCCAGAGGCUGAACGAGCUGAUCCGUUCCCUGAGGGAACAGCUGCAGGAAUGCAGGAGCAGUAAUGAAACAUCAAACGCGACUCUCAGCAGCAUGUUGACUGAGAAUAUUAUUGAGCUCGAAAGACAGCAGAUUCUGGAGGAUUGAUCAUCAUAUCAUUUGGGCUUUUUGGAACAUACAAUACAUUACAUUGCCAUGAUUGACAGACAGACAAAGAUGGAAGAGAAUGAAUGCCUCCUCCUGAUGUGUUUCAUUCAAUUUGAUCAGCCUCAGCCUAUUUCAUCAGUGAAUCAUUUUUAAGCAGGUAAAAAUGUAGAUUGAAUCUUAAUUUUAUUAUAUUAUUAUAUGCAUGUCUAUGUCUAAUCCAACAAGGAUGAAUUUCCUUGCUGUAACAUAUCAUAUAAAUCGGCUGUAUAUGCUUAUUGGAGCUGAUUACAAUUUCGAAAAAUUUGGAAUCUGUUUUUAGGUUUUGGUUUU